AGAGAGAGAGAGUGAGAGAGCAGUCGGCUCUGUGUAAACAGGCUGUCAGAAAAGAAAGUGCAGGGACGCUUCUACACGCUGCUGCAGCUGCAUGAGAGAGAGCACCAGAGCACCGCUAACAACCCACAACCUGCUGGAGGAUAAUCACGAGAGGAGAGGAGAGAGAGAGAGAGAGAGAGAGAGAGAGAGAGAGAGAGAGGGAGAGAAAGAGAGUUUAAUUAAUUCAUGCUGGAGGGAAGCAAUGUUGUGUUGCCACUGAGUGAAAACCGCUGCCCGUAGCUUUGAGCUUUGAGAUUCGUGCUCGUGUUUGACUGCCAUCAAUGGGGUCCACUGAUGCUCUGACCCACUGAAGAAGCUCAUGAUAGCAGCAUCAUCACCUGGAUGAGCAGAGGUCAGUGUGGGUUGUAGGUCACCCAUUCAGCCUUGCUGUGAUCUUCUGUGUGAACAUCCCUGCCGUGCAAAUCACAGCCCCGACCUGUCACACCUCGUCCGUUUCACCUUGACUCUGAACUCGUCCCCUCAUCUCGCCGUCCCUGCUCUUCUCCGCUCCUGUGCCACCUCUUUUCGCCAUCUGCUCACAGAAGGAGCUGGGAUGACGCCAGACCUGCUCACCUCUACAUCCCGUCUCAACCAGGGCUAAUCAGCGUCGUCUCCACACACCCCCUGCUCGCCACACACACUCCGGCCGACGAGAUGGGCGACGGGAGCUGGGUGUGUCUGAGCCCGGCCGAGUUCUCCCAACUGCAGCAGUACAGCGAGUACUCCUCUAAGAAGCUGAAAGAUGUUUUGGAGGAGUUUCAUGGAAAUGGUGUGCUCUCCAAAUACAACCCCGAGCAGAAGCAAGACGUUCUCAACCAACCUAUCGACUACGAGGGCUUCCAGCUCUUCAUGGCCACCUACCUAGAGAAUGACAUCCCAGAGGAACUAUGCCAGCACCUCUUCACCUCAUUCAAGAGCAAGAACAGUGGAGGUGGCUCCCCCGAUGCUCCUCGCGCCGGAGCUUCACUGCUGGAACCCAAGUCGAUUGAUGCAGGCAUCUCUAUACAGACAGAAGUGGCCUGUGCACCUAUAACAGGGAUGAAUGGGAAGAGCAUUCUGAGCGCUAUGGGCCGGCACACUCCGGAACACUCUGCAGGGAUGACUCCAGGCUCAGGUGCCACCACCUCCCCCUGCUCCUCCCGCUCCUCCUCUCAACGCUCAGGCACGGGCGGGCAAACGCCAGGAGCGCCCCACCGCUCGCCCUGCACACAGCCCAAAACGCCAGUGGCCAGCAGCAGUAGUAACGCCCUGGCUCCAUCCCAAUCCACCAACUCCCCAAGACUCUCCCCAGAGCAAAGCCGGUCAGAGAAAGGAGUGUCUCUGAGGAGAAGUCCAUCCCCACAGAAGAGUUCCGGCCUGUCUUCACCUCAGGUGGUCUUCCUAAAGGACAUUGUCUGCUACCUGUCCCUGCUGGAGCGAGGGACUCCAGAGGACAAGCUAGAGUUCAUGUUCCGGUUAUAUGACACAGAUGGAAACGGCCUGUUGGACAGCUCAGAACUCGAUCGCAUAAUCAAUCAGAUGGUCCAUGUAGCAGAAUAUCUGGAAUGGGACUCUACAGAGCUACGACCGAUCCUGAAGGAGAUGAUGGAGGAGAUCGACUAUGACCGGGAUGGAACAGUCACACUAGAGGAAUGGAUUAGAGGAGGGAUGACAACCAUACCUCUACUGGUACUACUGGGUAUGGAGACGAAUGUAGAAGAAGAUGGGCAGCAUGUAUGGAGACUGAAGCACUUCAACAAGCCAGCGUACUGUAACUACUGUCACACAAUGCUGUUAGGAGUGCGGAAACAAGGCCUUUGCUGCUCACUAUGCAAGUACACAGUCCAUGAGCGCUGUGUGUCCAAAGACAUUGCUGCCUGCAUCAGCACCUAUGCCAAGUCCCGGAGACACACCAACGCUAUGCAGCAUGUAUGGAUAGAGGGCAACUCACCCACCAAGUGUGACCGGUGUCACCGCAGUAUCAAGUACUACCAGGGCCUUACUGGACUUCAUUGUGUUUGGUGUCAAAUUACUGUCCAUAACAAGUGUGCGUCUAAUGUGAAGGCAGAGUGUGAUGGUGGACCACUGAGAGACCACACCCUCCUUCCAUCCUAUAUCUGCCCAGUCGUGUUGGAUCGUCACUCUGUAGUAAAAAGAGGAGAAAGUGAGUCGUCCCCCAGCACCAGUCCUGAUGACUCCAGCCAGUGCUUCAAGUUUACAGGAGAUGGCCAAGCACUGCAGAUCACCCCUCUCCCUGGGACACAUCCUCUGCUGGUGCUGGUUAACCCUAAGAGUGGUGGUCGACAGGGUGAAAGGGUGUUACGGAAAUUCCAGUACCUGCUUAACCCCAGACAGGUGUACAGUCUGGAGCGUGGAGGACCUACAGUAGGACUCAACUUCUUCCGUGAUGUUCCUGACUUCCAAGUUUUGGCUUGUGGAGGGGAUGGAACAGUGGGCUGGAUUUUGGAUUGCAUUGAUAAGGCUAAUUUUGCACGCCACCCCCCUGUCGCCAUCCUGCCGCUGGGCACUGGGAAUGACCUGGCACGCUGCCUUCGCUGGGGUGGAGGCUAUGAGGGUGGCAGUCUUCUCAAGUUCCUCAAGGACAUUGAGCACAGCACUGAGGUAGUGCUGGACCGCUGGAACAUUGACAUCAUCCCUGAUGACAAGGAGGAAAAGGGAGAUCCUGUGCCGUACAGCAUAGUGAACAACUACUUCUCCAUCGGUGUGGAUGCAUCAAUAGCUCACCGAUUCCACUUGAUGAGAGAGAAACAUCCAGAAAAGUUUAACAGCAGGAUGAAAAACAAGCUCUGGUACUUUGAAUUUGGCACCACAGAGACCAUCUCAGCCACUUGUAAGAAGCUAAACGAGUGUAUUGAAGUGGAGUGUGACGGCAUCAUCUUGGACCUCAGCAGCACGUCUCUGGAGGGCAUCGCUGUGCUCAAUAUCCCCAGCAUGCAUGGCGGCUCCAACCUGUGGGGCGAAACCAAAAGGAGACGCAACUAUAACCGCAUGAGCAAGAAAGUACCAGAGAGGAUGCCUGCCACCACUGUCACUGAUGCCAAGGAGCUCAAAUUCUGCGUGCAGGACCUGAGUGAUCAGCUCCUGGAGGUGGUGGGCUUAGAAGGGGCCAUUGAGAUGGGCCAGAUCUACACAGGCCUGAAGAGUGCCGGUCGACGUCUAGCCCAGUGUGCCAGUGUCACCAUCAGGACGUCCAGACUGCUGCCUAUGCAGAUUGAUGGGGAGCCGUGGAUGCAGCCUCCGUGCACGAUACGAAUUACACACAAGAAUCAAGUGCCCAUGCUGCUGGGCCCUCCACAGAAAACACCCUUCUUCUUUCUCAAGAAGCGCAACAGAAGUCGGGACUAGACCAAUCAAUCGGUCACCCUCCCACACAGAAAAACACACACAAAGCAUAUCUUCACCAUCCUCAGCCCCUCUAUCUGCUCGGAGUAGUGGAGUUCAAUAUCUGGGAGGAGAACUAACUAGUAGAGAAGCCCAAUUCUUUGAUAACUUGCAGAUGGAAAAAAUAAACUUUUAUCUUAACUAUCAUGCAUGGACAGAGGACUCUAUUUUCCAUAAUAGCCUAACAUUUAGAGGCUAUAGUGAUUGAAUGAGCCAACUCAGUGUCUUGACCAGUUCCUGUGUAUUUAAAUCUCUCUGAUAUUCAUAUAUAUCACAGGCCCUGUAGCCUGCAACCUAUGAUCCAUUCCUACCAGGACCCCCUACCAGUAGGCCACUGCCUUUGUAACACUUCUCUUGAGUGGAUUCAUCAGACGAAACAGACUGAGGAGCAGCGACACGGAGGGGACGACUUUGGGAAGAACAAUAAACUCUGGUGCUCAGGAACAUCUUUCAAAAUGUCACCAAAGUAGGGUAAACACAGAUAGAGAGUGCUGCAUUCAAGGUAAACAGCUGGAGAGAGAGAUUUGCCCUGUCAUGAGUGUGUCCCUCUUCAGAGUGGGAGUGGGCGGCGCGCACCGAGACGUCACUGGGCCCUAGCCUGGCCUGGCAGGACCAGGGAACAAACUCUCGUCUUGAAGGAGUCUGCUGAAUAAUAGAUCAGUGCAUGCAAAGCACUCACUCCAGUGCCUCUCCAAGGCCCCACAACACGCCACCACUUAAAGAGACGAAACAGCAAGCUCAUCUAUUAUGAAGGGGGUUGUUUAUGGCUGGUGGGGGGGAGGGGGGAGGCUUGGGUUGACAAGCUGAGAGAUGUACACCUCCAACCCUACUGUUUGCUUAUAGCCUAUCUGGUGUCCACCCUCAGGCCACUGAUGUCAAUGGGUUACUAGGGGCUAAUGGUUUGGCUUGUUCUUGGGUUGCAGUUCGCUGUUCCUCUUUCAUUUACUUGUUUAUGUGCAUCCAAAGUGAAGACACUGCAUUUCUUUGAAUGUUUUUACCCCAAGUUUUAGUCAUUUCCAACAAGUGCAGGGAGGGUCAAAGCUAGCAUGUGCUUCCUCUGAAUUGCAUAACGUGAGCCACACCUUUUUGAAUUGCAGUUAAUGCAUUAACGUUAUAAGACAACUAAACACGCUUGGAGGAGAACACUAACUGCCAGUUCUGCUACACAUCAGCUAACAGACACCCACAUGGACUAGAAUCAUGCUGAGUGAGUGAUGGGUGGAGCAGGGAGCAGAAGGGCCAGCAGAGAGAGAUUUUGUUCAAUGUAACCCCCAGCAAAAGAUGGCUGUGGCACCACUGGGGAUCGAACCAAUGAUAAGGACCAAUGCUUGCGCCACUAAGGAGGCCCAAGCGCAUUACCCUAUUUACAAACCACUGUGCAACAAAGAUCAUUGUGUUAGCUAAAGCUAAACAGUUACUUAUACAGUUACUUAUACUUAAUAUUGAGUAAAAUAGACAGUCUUUUGCUGUCUGGCAACCAUAACUCACAACAUAUAGAAACAGGACCAAAUUGUAGGCAAUCUGAUGCCUUGAGGACCAGUUUCAAGACCACUGUUAUUUAGACUAUUUCAUUUAAUUACUACAUUUGCUCUAAAAAAUAUGUUGAGCUAUCAGUAGAAGUGUCUUAAAUGAAAAUAACUUACUAGUUAAAGUUAAAGUGUCUCAGCUCAUAAAAAAGCUAAAUAGGAUCCUUAAUAAACAAGCCCCAUGGUCCUUCUCUGCCACGUGGGGAUAUGAAUUACCAUUACAUGUACUAAACCUAAAUUUAACUACCUAUUUCAGGCAGUAUCCUUCCUAUGUAACACUAUUCCUAAUUACAGCUUGAAAACAUCAGAUCAUUAUAUUAAAUCCAAAGGCAAAGUGUGUUAAAAAACACCUUACAGAUCCACGUAAAAGAGUUUUAAAAAAUAAAAACAUAUGUAUAUACUGUAUAUUCUGAGGGCCGGACACCACAUACGCUGUGAAGUAAACCUUUUUUUAACCUUUCUAAUGUAGCCCUAAUGGAGAAGAUAUCAUCGUUAGACUAAAGAUGCCUAAAGAUCAUCGUGUAUAUGAAUACGCUGUAGUUGUACAUUCUGAGAGCCUUGUGUGCAUACAUAUGAAUGUGUUUGAUGAUAUAACUUGUAGAGAAAUGUAACAUAGCAACAAUGACUAGUAGUGUUAUCUAAUGGGUGACAUGAAUGACGGACACAAGCGAAUGUCACCGCUAUAGAUCAGCACUCUGUAAUCAUCGGAUAAAUUGGCAGCGUGCUGCAUUCAGAGCGGAGGUGGCAGAACCACUCCGCCCUGCCUUUUUGAAAGGACACGAGGUUCGCCUUGUGCAGAUCUGGGAUCAGUUUCAUUUUAGAGCAGAUUAUUUAACUUCAGAUUAGAAAUUUUUAAGAUGAUUCUAGAUCAGCACUGAUUGUACAGCGGAGGUUUAAUCUCCUUUGAGCACGCAGAACACACAAUUCAUUCUCUUAACGGGGCGAGCCGGCGUGCUCUGCCUCUGGUUCCCUUUAAAGAACACUGAACCGCAGCUGCAGUAUCGAGAGAGCCUAUGAACUGAAAGCUUGUCUAGAUGACCAGAGGAUUUGACUCUGCUCUGGUUCCUGUCAGUCGGCCGUGACUACUGCUAGACUCUUAAAUAUAAAGGUGCUACAGAGUGUUAUAUAAGUGAUACCAGAGAAAAUGAGCCAUGUUUGUAAUAUAGAUGUGUGAACAUGUGUGUUGCCUUUGGUUUACUUAAAAGAUGGAUGAACAAGGAUCUCUGUAAAGCUGCUUUGUGACAACAAUUAUUGUAAAAAGCAACAAUUUAAAGGAUUUUCACUCUCUGUUGCAAACAUGGGGCCUUAUUUACCAAGUGGUUUUAAGUAUAAAUUUCUUUAGGAGUAUAGAUACAUCUGUGGAUGUGCUAGGACACAUCAUCAAUGAUGUUUCCCAAGAUCCUCUGGGCUGAUCAGACCCCAAUUUGUGUCCCAGCAGCGUUGGCCCAUAUUUUUUCGGCUUUCCAGACUGUCCCCAGCAUUCUUCAAACAGCUUGAGGUAUUUAAACAGAAUUAAACAGAAUUAUGAAAUGUACUUCCUUUUUUGGGUUGGUUCAAUGUAUGUGUAUAAUAGGGUCCAUCAUUAUCCAUCAUUAUAAGAUAACAACCCACAGGUGUGGUUUCCUGUCUUUUUUUUCCCCUCACUGGUAUAACUUAGGAAGAACUCUGUGUCAGUUUCAUUGUUUUGCAUGUAAUUGCUGAUUAGUAAUCCUUAAGAUGUCAUGUAAUUGUCACAGAGCUUGAGGGGUUAAAUCAGACAUUAUGCAUCUAAUAUUGACAUUUUUUUAGGGAUUUUUAAAAAUAAAUAAUAAAUACAUUUGCUCAGAAGAUGAAGUAUGGUGAAUAAGACAAUACGAUGGUUCAAAAUGCAGCUCUUCUCUGGCUUCAACCAAAAGAACACUUUGUAGCACCUUAAUUUUUUUACGAGUGUAGUGAAGGAAAAAAGCAGAAGAAACUCCUGUGAUCUUCAGACAGUUCUCUUUCCUGGCUCUCUGGUACUUCAUGACAGGCGGUUUGGUUGAAAGAGUGCAUGUUUACAAUUUCCUUUUCAUUUCAAAGUUUCAAAUGAUUUUAAACAGUUGUGUAUAUAUAGAUAUUUGUUUAUAUUUUAUCUAAAGUUGCACCACCGCAUGCCUGCUGAAGCAAAGAAGACAAAGAUGUCUGCUUGAAGAGAGACCGUGCUGAUUGUCGCAACCCUCGUCCAGUUCCUCCUCGUCAUAUUCCUGGACUUUUGCUUAAUGCUCAUAGCUCACUGUAUUUAUUUGUUGUAUUUUUCCCCCUCAUCAUAUCGGUUCGUAGCAGCAUGUUCACAGUUAAAAAAAGUACCUCUGUGGCUGUUGUUUGUAAAGUACCGUGUAGAGAGCAGGUUUGGCACUAAGACAAAUGUAUCAGCAGGGAACUGAAAUAUGUCACUGACAUUCACCCACAGGAAAUGUCAUCCCUGAUAUACAUCCCACUGUCACCUUCUCCGUUGCUUCUGUCAAUGUAAAUGACUGAUGGCCUUAAUCGACAAAUACAGAAAAGCAUUUUGGCUUGAGCGGGACACUCAUGCAAUACAAACUGAGAAGUCUACCAAAAAAAGGAAAAAAAAAAAGAAUGGAAACAUUAAAGAUCUUGCUCGAUUAGAGUUAUCUGUUGCCAUUAACUUCAUCUUUUUAGCCUUCACCAUCAUCAAAGAGCAGGGUUCCCAUGAUCACCCCACUGUGCAGGAGAUGACGUCCUUAACACGUCAUUAGAGGCUGACUGUCAACUUCUCUAUUCCGGCGUCGACGCGAGUGGCUGCCUGUUCCAGUAGCUCCGUCUCCUUUGUGUGUUUUUUCGAGUUUUUUACGUUUAUUUAUCGUCUCUGUGCUACUACACACGUCUAGUUCAAGAAUUUCCCCUCGGGGAUCAAUAAAGUAUCUAUCUAUCUAUCUAUCUUCUAUGUGCAAAAAUAUUUCUUGCUAAUCUUCAGUUAUCAGUGUUUUAUGCUUCUGUCUAAUGUCUUUCUGACCUUACAUAAACAACGUGAUGUGAUAUAAUCUAAAAACACACACUCACAGACAUGCUCAUAUCUCAUCAGAACACUGAGGAAACCGAAUCUCUGAGAACAUGUGGUCUUAUGACAGUAACUAUCCAUUAAAAUAGUCCUUCCAAUAAAUAGUCUCUUCUCUGCAUUUCUCUGGUUCUGACCUUGCCUGUACAUUGGAGAAAUAGGAUGGAGGUGGCAUGGUUUAGCCCAAUGCAGCCCUAUUCUUAGUUGGGUCAUGUCAACAGUAUUAAAUGACAGAUGCAGUAGAGCCCGUAUCAUCUCUCCGUGUGAUAUUCUACAUAUAUGUGUAUAAGCCCACAAUGAGUUUGUGUGCUUUGUAGCAGCCCAUCUGUGUGUGCGUAUGUGUGUGUAUGUGUGUGUAAGUGUCAACAAGGGUCAAGGGCACAGUGUGAAACCCUGUGGACUGAGCUCCAACUAAAAAGCAAGGAUUGAUUGCCCCUUAUGCUGACCCUCUUAUCUUCUGCCCGCCCCAUCGCCCGUUAGUUGUAGGCAUCCAUGUCAAUGGACAAAAGAUUUAUUGAAUAAAAGAAGAGGUUGAGAACUGA